AGAGUCGAGCUUUCUGUUCACUUGUUGCAUUGGUUGCUGUCUCCCCAGGGGCUGCACAGAGGAGUAUGAGAUGAAGACCAUCGAGCAGAAGUCAGAGCCAGAGCCUCUGGCAGCGGGCUACCGACCCUCUCCUCGCCCAACGUGGAGAUGGGACAGCCCACCUAUUCCUUCAGGGCUCCAAAGUGCACCGAACUCUCAGCGCUGGGCCCCCAUGGGACCCCCUCCACCUCCACUGCCCCGCUCACACAAAACCUUAAUGCCAGUUCCUUACAGAGAGCCACAGCACCUCAACUCUAAGAGGCCAGUGAGCUACCCAGAGAACCAUUACACUCUGUCUCCUGCAGGGGGCGAUAGAGGGCUACCCUACAGAAACCCCUCAGCCAGCUUCUCCUCGCCCUCCUCUGGCCUUGUCGGCCUCUCCGCGAUGGGCGUGCCUGGAAUCACACCGGGACCUUUCGUACGCUAUAAACACUCCCCCGACAGAUUUGGAACAGGACAGCGCCCCCUGCUGCCUUAUGAGCCCCACCUCAGCGUGGACAUCAACUCCAGUGGGGAGUCUUCUUCAGGCUUCACCAGCCAAGAGAGCACCAUGGAGCGCUGCAAAACAGAACCCCUCUGGCAUGUCCCAGCAUCGUCGUCACGGGGACCAGGUGUUGGCGUGGGACAGAGGAGAAUACCCAGACAAGAUGUCCCAGGGAAAGACUCUCCAAACAGACACUCAAAGGGUGAGACUCAGUACUCUAGUCACUCCAGCAGUAACACUCUGUCCAGUAACGCCUCCAGCAGCCACAGCGAUGAGCGAUGGUUUGAUGGAGGAGCUGGAGGAGAGCGAGGAGGAGGCGGGGGUGACCCAUCUGAUGCUGACCCCGACCUUCUCAACAAGGGAGGGUCCAACGACAGCGGCAUUGACGCCUCGACCCACUACACCAACUCCCGCCAUGCAAACAUGUCCAACAACCAGGCUCUCAAGCCCUUACACUGCUCUGCGACCUACAGUGGCGUGCAGGAGUUAUCUGUGGGACGGAGCAGCGGCGGGGGAGAAGCAAGGAGACGAGAGUCUUCACCCAUCAUACCGGCCGAAGCAAAUCAGAACAAAGGGUACCGGACAAGGACAUUCCCACCUCCUGGGUCCAGUGCUGAAAAAAUGGAUGCUUUCAAACCCAGGGCCUACACACCGCAGGGUUACAAAACUCCAACGGCGGAGAAAGCAAGACAUGUCCGAGCUGCGACAGCGACGCCCACUUCGGCUCAGUUAAGCUCCAUUCCUCUGUCAAGCUCCGCCCCCAAGGCCUUAUACGGGAAGGGCAGACAAACCGCCUGGCAGACUGAAGACGGCAGCCCGUCGAACACAACCACAGCAUCUGCCUCUUUAAGCAGCAACAGCAAGAAGCAGGUGGAUACAAAUUCAAAGAACGUGUUUGGACAACCUCGACUCCGAGCCUCACUGAGGGACCUGCGCUCUCCGCGGCGGACGUAUAAGAGCACCAUCGAAGACGACCUGAAGAAACUGAUCAUCAUGGACAACCCGGGAGAGAUGCCACAAAGAGAUCCAUCUCCCAGACGAGCUUUGCAGCGCACAUUUUCAGACGAGUCGCUGUGCAGUGGACGCAGAGACGCCAGCUUCGCCAACUCCGAGAACCAAAUGACCGCGACUGAUGUACUGUUCACCUGCACUCUGCCCACACGCAGACACGGCUCCAACUCUUCCAACCACUUGCAGAGCAAGAAGGCGCCUCUGUCUGCGUCCGAGCUGUCUCUCACUGAAGUCAGGGACAAAGUUCCCCCACUGAGGAGGCUCGAUCCUGGACUGAUGCCUCUUCCUGACACAGCCUGUGGACUGGAGUGGUCCAGCCUGGUCAGUGCUGCUAAAGCCUAUGAAGUACAAGAUGAGUCAUCGAAAAAUCAAAGCGAACUCCCUAGAUAUGCCGUUAAGGCUCGCAACAACUUUGAAAGUACGCGAGCUGAGGUUGAGCGUCUGAUGAAGAGGAUUCGAUCGGCAGAAGAAGACUUCAAAGCCCCGAGCUGCUUCACCAUGGAGGGAUAUCUGUAUAUACAGGAGAAACGUCCACUGGGCAGCGUGUGGACGCGUUACUACUGUACAUAUGAGAAAAGCUCCAAGAUGUUCACCAUGAGUAACACAGAAGUGAGACAGGCCAGCAGACAGAACGGCCUUGUGAACACAGCUCCUGACAUGUUCAGACUGCGCUCGUGUGUCAGAAGAAAGACGGAUUCUAUCGACAAGCGCUUCUGCUUCGACAUCGAGGUGGUGGAGAGACACGGAGUCAUCACUCUACAAGCUCAGUCUGAGGCAAACAGGCGGCUGUGGAUGGAGGCAAUGGAUGGAAAAGAACCUAUCUACACUCUUCCUUCUUUACUGAGCAGAAAAGAGGAGACAUUUCUUAAUGAAGCUGGUUUCACCUUCGUAAAGAAGUGCAUUGAGCUGGUGGAGAACAGAGGCCUCACCACGCUGGGACUUUACAGGACGGGAGGAGUGAACUCUAAAGUGCAGCGGCUGAUGACGAGCGUGUUUGCGUCCACAGCUCCUGCUGACGUCCAGCUGGACGCGGACGCCUGGGACAACAAGACCAUCACCAGUGGACUGAAGAAUUAUUUCAGGUGUCUGGCAGAACCAGUGCUGACCUACAGACUUCAUAAAGAGUUCAUCAAAGCUGCGAGAUACGACGAGCACAAGCACAGAGUGAGAGCCGUUCACACGCUGGUUCACAAACUGCCAGAGAAAAACCGAGCGAUGUUGGACGUCCUCAGCCGUCACCUCCUCCAAGUUUCCUCUCACAGUGAGCAGAACCUGAUGACCGUGUCAAACCUCGCCAUGAUCUUUGGUCCCACACUGAUGAGGUCACAGGAAGAGACGGUGGCCGCCAUGAUGAACAUCAAGUUCCAGAAUAUCGUGGUGGAAAUUAUUAUUGAAAACCACAACAAGAUCUUCAGUGAAGCUCCGGACGCGUCGCUGCCGUUACCUCAGGCUCCGUCGUCACGAGCGACUCCUCGCAGGAGCAAAGCCAUCUGUCUGUCCUCAGGGAAGAGGAAAGCUCGUCUGUAUCCUCCGGCUCUGUGCCUCGCCGACAACGACAGCGACACAUUCAGUAGCAGCCCAAGCACAACUCCGAUGGGCAGCCGCGAGUCUCUGUCCUCUCACUCGUCAGAGAAGAACGGAUUGUCUCAAACGUCUUCUCCAUCGUCUCCUGCUGCUGAGCCCAGCUCACCCUCUACAGCGCCUGCUUCUCCUCCUGCAGCCUCCUCCUCCUCCUGCUCCCACUCUGUGAAGGAGAAGGAUCAGAAACAGCGAGCAGAUGUUUCUGCCUCUCCUCGUCUCAAUCCUUCCUCUUCCUCCGUGUCCUCCGUGUCCUCUUUACGCAAAGAAAACUCCACUGCCUCCUUGUUGUCGAUUGAAGAGCCAAGAUCUCCGUCCAGAGCGUCCACCACCUCUACCCAGCAUGCAUCAUUGGGGCAGGCGUCCUCUCUCAGGAGUGUUCAGUCCAGCGGUGUCUCCACAGUCAGAGACUCCACCUCGCCCUCGCGGCAGCGCAGGCCUUACAGGUCCGCCUCCUCCUCCUCGUCCUCCUCCUCUUCAUUGUUUCCAUACCAGAUCUCCACGUCGUCCUCGCUCACCUCCCUUCACAUCUCUGAGGAUUACCGGAGUUGUCAUGGAUCAGUUCAGAGUCUGAUGUCUCUGGAUCCCCACGCACACACACACACAUGCAAAGCUUCACACGUGCGACGUGGCUCUGACGUGACUGCCAAACAUUCUGCAGCCACAAGCAAUGGAUACCAGAGACCUGGAUCAGUAUCAUCAGUGACUGGAGUGCAGAGGGAGAGUUCAGUCUUCUCCUCAGCGUUAGACAUUUGCUCCUCAGGACGUGAGGCAAAGGCUCUUUAUUCAUGUGAGGCAGAGCACAGCCAUGAGCUCAGCUUUCCACAGGGGGCACUGUUCACAAAUGUUUACCCGUCUGUGGAGCCCGGCUGGCUUCAGGCCACGUACAACGGUAAAACCGGCCUCGUACCUGAAAACUACAUCAGCUACACCUGAUGACAUCAUCAGAUACACCUGAUGACAUCAUGAUGAGAGUGAGGAUCAGACGUAGAUGUUAGGAUGUAACUUGUGUAACAUUAAUUCAGUGCUGCUGAUCAUAGACAUAAUAUAUUUAACCUGUGAUUGAACAGUUAGUACGUCAGACACUGUGAUUAUCCUGUGAUGAUCAUGUGAUGAUCAUGUGAUGAUCCU